GUCGUUUCCAACUGCUCGAGAGUACAAUGCCCGAUGUAUAUUGAAAGUUAAUAAUGACGCCCUUUGAUGUUGUGCACAUAUUGUACCGGUGCACAACGACUGGAUACGGCGAACUAUUCAGGCCAACGGAUAUAGCCAGACUGAUCAACGACGUCCACCAGCGCUGUCUUGCGGCGCAGAAUAUAUUGCUUGUACAGUCCCAGGUCGCCGCAGAAAAAUGACAGAAUGGCGCAUUACCGAGCAGAAUCCAGUCCGCGAAGACAUCGAAGGUCUUGACUUCGAGCGCUGUGCUGCGCUCCACAAUCUGAUUGCCGAACGAGGUUGGAGUCAGCGCGGCAAGGACCCGAAUCACUUGGAUCGCACGACAUGGUGGGAGUGUUAUGGUGGUGAAAGCUCCCUGGAAAGCUAUGCACGACGACUCGACGAAUCCGUUGUCUCGUUUCUCAAGCUUGCAUGGAGUGGGUUCUCGAGAGACCCAAGCCACGGGCAUGCCUUUCAUCAAAUUCUAGUCGGUCUCUCUGCUCCCGAAAACAUCUGCAACGAUGUGACAUACGAAGAUUACGACGAUGAUGACAGCAAGUGCCACUUCAUUACCUUGUAUAGCAGCAAUUGGCAGCUUGCUGAUGGGCAUCCGCAGGGGCUUGUGUUCGACCAAGAGGAAUUUUCCGCAAUGCAACAUCUUUCGAUGGAGGACACUGCUAUUACGAUGAAUGGACGUCAGGAAAGGUUCAGGCUGGAGCAGAUUCUAGAGGCGCUACUCGAGAUGAUGGACCAGGGUAAAGUCGUCGCGGUCGAUGAUUCCUAUAGCGGCCAGCAAGAACAAUUCUGUAAUUGGAUCAUGUCGUCCUAUACGGAGUCCGACCUCGAAGAAUCUCUCGAUGCUCUCGACGCGUUAGUUUCUGCUGUCGAAGAGAGGAUGCCUAUCCGACCAGCACAAACGGGGUUCGAAAUCGGUUUAAUCGACAAGGAGACUUCAACGAUGUUUCCGCCCGGCACCUUUGCUCGCCAUUUUCUUGAGCGGGCCCGACGGCCACGUUUUAAAUUCCUCGCUCCUGGUCUGUAUAUCGCUACUAAUCAACCUUUCGCUUCCACAUUGGUCGACGAUGAGGAUACCCUGCGACCUGUUUUGUUGCUCCAGUCUUCCGAUUCAGCCCACCGCGACACCUUUCCUACGCCUUGGGGCGAAAGCUAUUCACAUUCUGCUUUUGGUGGAGAGUUUCGAGAAAUCGAACACUAUCCAUCAGGCCUGUACUUGACCGAAAUCCAUCCGCAUAGCGAAAGUCCCUUCGAAGAUGGCUGCAAGCUCAUUUUGCCAUUUCCGAUUGGGGAGAAUGGCUGGGCUCGAACAAGCGAUGGUGCCGUAUUUGGAGAAGAGAAAAAGAGGCGAGGGGAGGUCGCAGUGCCCUACCCGACGAGCACGGAACUCUUCCAGCUUGGCUAUAAUCAUUUUAUCAAGCGCCAUGAUGUGCAGCUCAAAGAUGUAUUAUGGCGUUGGGUCGAAUUAGUCGAAUCAGGCGAAUGGGGGGUCGAUGAGGACGGUGUGAAGGGGAAUAUAGAGAAGUGGCGGGAGGCUGAUACCGAAGACCAUUGGCGAGAUUACCAACUACCCAUGGAUUGGUAAGGCACAGCUGAGUCGCGGAGAACGAAUCUACAUAGCCUGAAAACUUAAUCAGAUGUGAAGCUUAUACAAGACAAAUAUGCAGAGCACUCUCUCAUAUAAUACGAGUUUUACUUUUCGAGGAUCUACACAAAUGUAGUCCUAGAG